UCUAAACAAUUUAUUUAAAUAAAUUCAGCUGCUGUCAGUGAUCCCAAUGCAUGCAUUCUCUCCCUGCCAAAAUUCUACAGGUACCAGCGAAAACCGCAUUCGAUUUCAUGCAAUGGAUCAGAAACUGAGCAAGCCAAAAUAAUUUCGUCAGUAUUUUGGACGAUUGCACGACUCCGAAAAUUUCAUUCGUGAUGGCCGCCCAUUAAGUAAAAACGUGUCCCGCUGCUGAAGACAAUUUCGGUCGAUUUUACCAGCAAAACUUAUUGAAUAUUGCUGAAAUUUUGGCGUUGCUCCAGCAACGUACCGAGCGAUUUUUAUCAUCCAACGAUAAGGAAGAGAGAGAUAGAAAGAAGAGAACAACAAGAAAGCAACAACGAAACGAAGAGCGGCACACGGCAACAACUGGAAAAGAAAAACAAAACAAUUUUCAAUAUAGAAAAAUGAUGAUGAACUGAAAUGUGCAAUUUUGAUGAACGUAAUUAUGCCAAUUCACAUACUUUUUUCGAUUUCAACGUGAAAAAUGUCGUCGACACAAUUGCUGCAUUCGUUGUCAUUGUUGUUGCUACCAUUGCGUUGUCGUCGUAAUUGCAAUCAGCUAAUCUCUCUGGCCAUCUUGCUGCUGUCGGCCCUGUCUGCACGUAUCGAGGAGUCCGGACAGCAGGAACAGCAGUCGGAGGAGGCGGAGCAGGAGGCGACGGCGGCGGCGGCAGAGGCGGAGGAGGAGAAGGAUAAGGAGGUGGACGAAGACGAUAACGAUACGCCCUAUAUAGCAACAAAGGUUGCUCUCAAGCGGCGUUCAUUGAUCAUCAACCCGAUCCCCAAUCCACAUCCACAAUCACAUCCAUACCCACACCCAAAUCUACAUCAAAAUCCACACCAAAUCCCAACAAGUGGCAGAACGUUUGCCAAGGGAACGGGCACAGGGGCUGCGUUAACCAGCUGGCACAGCAGCCACAGCCACCGCAGCCCCGGUGCUAAGUCGUCGGAGGAGGCGGAGGAGCAGCAUCAGGCCCGACUGUUGGCCAGCCGCAUCAUCGUACUGCAUCUAGCCUGUGCAUCCCUGCUGUUGCAUACGCUCGGGACUAGCAGCAUAUCUUCUCCAUCCAUAGCCAGGUUGGCAGAGAGAACAACCACAGCCGCACCAACAGCAGCAGAAGGAGCAGCAACAACGAAGCGCUUAGCAGCUGCAGCAUUAACGCAACGGAGUAAGAUCCUUGAGAGCGGCGUCAGCAGCAGCAGUAGCAGCAGCAGCACAAAUCCCUCAACGCCGGUGGCCGGUAGAGCCGUCAGCAGAAGGGUAACAGCUCCCGCAGCGGCAGCAGCAGGAGUAUCCAUAGCAACUUAAGCAGCCAAUUCCACUUAACCAACCAUAAAACAGAAACAGAAACAAAAACAAAAACAAAAACAAAAAACAUAAACAAAGCAUAUAAGAAAUAUACAAAACAGCAACAGCUAAAACGUUCCACAUACUCCAUAUACACCACUCACAUACAAACAAACCAACAAAAAGAAGUCAAAAUGUCGAAGCUAUCGUUCAGAGCACGCCAUCUGGAUCCGUCCAAGCAGAUGCCCAUCUACUUGGCCGAGGAGCUGCCCGAUCUGCCCGAGUAUUCAGCCAUAAAUCGUGCCGUGCCCCAAAUGCCAAGUGGCAUGGAGAAGGAGGAAGAGUCGGAACACCAUCUGCAGCGGGCAAUCUGCACGGGCCUCAUCAUACCCACACCCGAGGUACUGCAGACGGACCAGCCCUUCUACGACACCUACUAUCCGCCGGACUACAAGAUGCCUCGCCAAAUGAUUCACAUGCAACCUCUUGGCCUGGACACUGAGGUGCCCGACUACGAUAUGGACAAGGCGGACAUGGAAUGGCUGAACCAGCAGGAGCGCCUUGACCUGUCGGAGCUGAAGUUUGAGCAAUUGAUGGAUUUGCUGGAGAAGAGUUCGGGCCAAACGGUCGUCACCCUCAAUGAGGCCAAGUCUCUGCUCAAUCAGGAUGAUGAGACGAGCAUAUCCCUCUACGAUUACUGGCUCAACAAGCGCCUCAAGAUGCAACAUCCGCUGAUACUCUCUGUGAAGACAGAGAGUCGUCCUGGUGCCAGCUCCAAUAAUCCGUAUUUGGCCUUUCGUCGGCGCACUGAGAAAAUGCAAACGCGCAAGAAUCGCAAGAAUGAUGAGGCCUCCUACGAGAAGAUGCUCAAGCUGCGACGCGACCUGCAGCGCGCCACAACUAUACUGGAGAUGGUGCGGCGGCGCGAGGAGACGAAGCGCGAACAACUGAAGACGUCGGUGAAUAUCUUUGAGAAGCGCGUCGAGAUGCGCGACUUCAAUGGUGCUGUCUACUCCGAGCUGAGUGCUCAAUACAAGAGCACAAGACCCGCGUAUAAUUCUGUGUACACGAAUCAAUACUCACAAGGGACGGCGGCGGCGGUUGGAUCGGGUGGCGCCAUUCUGGCUGCCCUGCCACCGGGUCUGCUGUCAACUGGAGGAGCAGCGGGCAAUGCGAAUGUGUAUGCCUCGCCGUCUCAGUACCUGAACACGUCGACAAUGGACACCAUCCACUCUGGCAGCGGCAACGGGAGCAGCAGUCGCAAGGAGAAGCGUCCGUACAAGAAGCGCAAGCACAAACUUCCCCGCGACAAGCAGCAGAAUCUGCAGCAUCAACAACUGCAACAGCAACAACAGCAGCAGCAGCAAACUCAACAGUAUUUGCCGGGGCAGUCGUCGGGUUCUGGUGCAUCGCCUGCCCACCAUUUGCCACAUCAUCUGCACAACAGGCAGCAGAGUGCCUCGCCGGCGGCAAACGAUUCGAUACUCGACAGCGAGGAGGAUGACUAUCUCAAUGGUGGUCUCAAUGGCAACCAGCUGGGCUCCGAGAGCGAGGAUGAGGCACCGUUUGCAUUUAGACGGAAGCCAAGUUGUAUUUACCUGCCCACACGGCACCGAAAUGGCCGCUGGCCCUACGACUCGGCAGAUGAGGAGACGGAAACGAGCAAAUCGGCGGGAGGGUAUUCGGAUCCCAAAUAUCGCUACACGCUGACCUCCAUCAACUAUCCCAGGCCGCGUUGCAUUGGCUUCGCCCGUCGUCGUGUGGGUCGUGGCGGAAGGAUACUCCUCGAUCGGGCAAUAACGAACUUUGACGAUGUCUGGUCGCAGCUGGAUUACACCGUCAUGGAGAGUGUAUCGAAGAACAACAACGCCCAAAGGAGAAGCAACCAACUGAAGCCGGAGGGGCUGCUGCUGCCAGUGGCCAAGCCCUGCUCCCCGCCCACUGUUGUGGAUCUUGUUGUUGUGCCCGCAGCCAAGCCCAUGGACGUCGAUGAGUCGUCGUCGCUGCCGCUCGACAUUGUCAAAUCGGAGCCCAACAGUCAGCAAGCGGAUAAACCCAUCUCAGCCAGCACCAGGUCGGUGGGUGACUCCAUGCUGCUGCCCCUGCCGCAGGACAAAGAGGUGGACGAGGUGCUGGAGCUCGAGCCGGAUGGCGAGGAGGAUGAUCUGGCCACCGAUGACGAGAAUGUCUCGCGGCUGAGUUUCUACAGUUCGGCGGUGACGUUGUCCCAGAACUCGCACGACAUGCGCCUGAAACGGCGUCGCCUGCGCCACAAAAAGCAGCAGCUGCGUGAGCUCAAUGCGGCCAAGCGGCUGAAGAGAUCGUCGGAGGCAGCAGCAGCAGCUGGGGAAGAGGACUCCUCCAGCACUGCCCAGCUGUGUCCUUUGCCCAGGGCGUAUCUGCAGCGUCUGGUGCUGGCCUUGGGGCAGAAACUCAAGCAGGAGGAGCAGAUGGAAGCAUGCGAGAAUUUGGCGCCGCAGGAGGAUAAGAGCAGUGCGGCAGAGGAGCUGCCAGCUCCGCGAGCCAAUCAUCAGCAGCAGCAGCCGCACCACCACCGUUCCAACAACAACAACAACACCGUGUUGAACAACAACAACAACAACAACAGCAGUAGUAGCAGUAGUAGUAGUAAUAAUAUGAAUAAGGACGUUAGCAUAAGCGACAAAAUCAAUGUGAUAAAGCUGGAGGCAGAGGCGGAGGCGAACGAGAGCGUUGGGCAUGAGGAUCAGCCGGUGGCGAGCACCUCAGCGGCAGCGGCAGCAGCACGAGCCGUUGAAGCAGCCGCUGCAGCGGAAGCAGCAUCAUCAACAUCAUCGGCAGCAGGCGCAUCCAUGCUUGGACCUUCAGUGGAGGAUGUGGCCAAGACGAUAAAGCGUGAGCUCAUCGAUGCCGACGACUCCAACGAGCCGCUGAGCAGCAUACGCACCGCCACGGUGGCGGCCACUGUACUGCAGGCCAGCUCUGCUCCUGAGCCCGAACUGAUGGACGAUGAGGCAGAGGACGAUGUGAAUCUCGCCCAGCUGAGCAACAUCAUCCGCCACACGGCUGUCAAGAAGGAGCUGGAGGCCCAGCAGCAGCAGCAGCAGCAACUGCAGCAGCAAGAGCAGAGGGUCUGUCCGCAGCAGGAGCUGAAGGAGGAGACAGUCUGCCUGAAUCAGCUGCCCGAUGUGAUUCGAUUGCAGAAUCUGCGCAACAGCCAAACGCACUCGAAGCCCAGGGACCUGUAUAUCGAUGCCCCGGCAGAGGAGCUGGACGUGGACUAUCUGGGCGGACUCUCGCCCACCUCCAGUCAGCGUCUGGACAUUUGCAACGAACUCCUCUCCGAGAUCCGACGCGAUUGGCUGCACUUUCGUCCCAAGACGCCUACGGACGAGCUCUCCGACAGCCACGAUGGCGUGGAUAAGCCCUGCAGCGAACUCUCUGGUCUCCAUGCGGUGGACUGGACCCAGGAUACGCCCAUCAGCAUAGAGCUGAAUCGUCUGGGCAAGCUGGAGGAGAUCGAGGGCGACAGCAACUCGUAUUUCCUGAGCAAUGCCUUCAAGUACACGGACAUGGACUCGGAUGCUCAUCUUAUUCAGACGGCCUACGCCCAGGACUAUGCCCGAGGCAACAGCAAAAGUCCGAACUGCUCGGGUUCCGGCUCCGGCUCGGGCUCCGCUCUGGAGUUCACCUUAAGCGCCGGCGAUUCACUCACUGACAUCAACAAUCUGCUCGGCGACGAUGAGGAUGACAAUCACGAGCACAUGCUGGACAACAUCCUGCAGGAGUGCGCCAUGGAUGAUCCCAAGGCGCUCAACCAGGCAACCAGCUUCUGGAACGGCAUCCUCGAUGGCGAGGCGGCUGUGGAUGAGGUUGAGAUUGCCGAUCAGCUGCUCGACUGCAUCGACGAAAAGAAGCCCAAGGUGGGCGGCGGAGAGUCGUCCAAGCGCGCUGGGCGCCCGCGCAAGCCGAGGCCAGCGAAUGUGCCGGUGGGCAGCUCUUCGUUUACGGUCUGUCCCACGCAGGAGUCACUCAAGGAUCGCGAGGUCUUCUUUAGCCAGGAAGUGGUAAAGCCCAAAGAGGAGCCACAGCCACAGGCAGAGCCAGAGCCGACAUCCGUUCCAGUCACGACGGUCACAACGACAACGGCAGACACCCUCCUGCAGGCUGUAAAGGUGGAGCCAGUGCUGGAGACACCGCAGCCGGAGGUGGUGGUAGCGCCAACCGUUCAGCUACAGCCCACGCCACCGCCACAGUCGCAGUCACAGUCGCAGUCACAGUCGCAGUCGCAGUCAAUGCCGCAGCCAAUUGUGUCCACUCCCACGCCGCAGCUCAUCAAUAUACCCGCCCAGAUAACACCCCAAAAGACGCAAAUGUCGCAAAUUCAGUCGCAGGUGCAAACGCAACAGCUGCAGCUGACAACCCAGACACAGGCGCAGGUCCAAACGCCGACAGGGCCACAGGUGACGCAGUUGCUGAAUCAGUUCGCCAAUGCCGGUCCACAGAUCAUUGCCAGAACGGAGUACGGCGGCGGAGCGGCCGUGGGGGACAUUGUGACGAUCACACCGCACACGGGCAGCAGUCCCCUGCCCAACCUCUCUGCCCAGCAGCAGCUGCAGCAUCAGCUGGCCCAAGCCCAGCUACGCAAUGUGACGGUGCAGCAGCGCCAGGGCACGCCCCAGCAAGUGCAGGUGCAGCAGCAGCAGCAGCAACCCACGCAGCAGCUGCUCUUCCAGAUGCAGCGGGAUGGGAUCGGCUCGCCGGUAAUCACCACACAGAGCAUUGUCACCUCGUCCCGCUCCCUGACACCCCUCAACGCAGCCGGCGCUGGCGCCGCUGGCAAUCACAUGAUCUACACCACCGGAAGCGGCGAGAUUAUUACGGCAGCAGCCGCCGCAGCCUCCCAGAAGGUCACCUACGCCAUACAGAAGACAAGUGGCGGUGGCGGAGGAGCAACCACCACAUCGAUUGGACCCAACACCGUCAUCACUCUGUCCAAUGUGAAGCUGCAGAGCGACGAUAACUGCUCCACGGGCGGCGUCGGCUCCAGCUCCGGUUCCAGUGUGAACAUCAUCAACACGGCCAGUGGCCAGCAGUUGGCCGUGCACAGCAUAGCCGGCAUGCAGCAACACCAGCAGCAACAGCAGCAGCAGGGCAGCACCACGACGCCUCUGAUUGUGACGACGCCCAACCGCAACAAUGUCGUCCAGCAGCAUUCGCAACAGCAGCUGGUGCAGCAGCAGCCGAUUGUGUGGCGACAGGUGAGCGGCACGAACACGGCGGUGGCCACCACGGCGGUGCUCUCGACAACGGCCGACACCUCGCCAGCGGCGGUGGGCAACAAGAUACUCUGGACGAGUCGGGCCACCCAAAAGCGGCAGCUCAAUGGACCCGAGAACACAGACAUCAACAAGUUGCUGCUGAAUCGCAAGUUCUCGCAGAGGAAGGUGAUUGGCCAGCAUCCGGGUGGACAGCAGCUGCAGCAGCAGCUACAGCAGCAGAUUCAGCUGACCAAGCAGCAGCUGCAGCAGCUGGUGCAUCACGAGGAUGACAUGGUGACGACAACGACAACGACGAUCAACAGCGGCGACCAGAUGGACACUGGCGAGUCUCUGCCACAGCAGCAGCACCACCAGCAUCAGCAGUUGCAGAAGCUCAGCAAGGUGAUCAAGAUGUCGCCAUUCCCCCUGCUCGUCUCGGAUCUCAAUCUUCAGCAGCAACCGCAGCAGCAGCAGCAGCAGUCUGGCCAGCACUCGGCCCAGUCUCAGCAGCAACAGCAGCAGCAGCAGCAGAUGAAGCCCAACUCGGCGGCAGCGAUAGCGGCCAACCACAACUACAGCCUGCAGCCGGCCACGGCUAUAAUCAGCUCGCAGUCGGCGCCCCAGCAGGCGAACAAGAUCUUCCUCACCAGCAGCAACAGUGGCGGCGGAGGCAACUUCACCAUUGCCACGGCCAGCGAACUGCAGGCGGCUGCUGCGGCGGUGGCGGCCAGCAAUUCCGGUGGCCAGAAGCUGCACUACAAGGAGCUGACCAACUCCAAUCUCAAGCUGAACUUUGUGAGCAGCUCGGGCGAGACGUUGGCCAGCCAGGCGCCACAGCAGGUGGGCGCCACCACAGUGGUGCUGAACAAGGCACAGCAGCAGCAGGUGCACCACCAGAAGCUCAAGGCAGUGUCCGCGGCCAAUGCGCAGCAAGUGCAGCAGGGCGACAAGCGAGUCCUGUACACCAGCCUGCUCAACGUCAAGCCGCUGCAGAAGAACAACAGCGGCCAGAUGCAGAUGCAGCUGGGUCCGGGCGGACUGCAGCAGGUGCUGCGCGGUCGACUCAACAAUUCGGCCAUCAUCACGAGAACCCUGCCGCUGGGCACCACCGUCAACAGUUCGGGCGGUGGCGGAGCGGGCGGCCCACCCACGACCAUCAGGCAACUGGUCAGCACCAAUGCGAACAAUGUGGGCUCCUCGGAUGGCGGAGCGCUGCUCAGUGCCAAGGAUGUGGGCAAGAGUCUCACCGUGGAGCAGGUCAUAGCGAGUGCCAACAAUGGCGGCGUGGUGAUGCCCACAAGCAACAACAACAACAACAACAACAAUGGAGGUGGCACAGGCAGCGGCGGCAGUGGAGCAGCUGGAGGAGGAGUCGGUGGCGGUGUGACGGUGACGACAUCGAGCAAUGUUAAUGUCAGCGGAGCCGGGGGAGCCGGAGUUACGUCCACCAUAAACAGAUGAGACGCGGAGAGCAGCAGCUAACAUCUAAUGCCAAAUGUUUACUCCGUCAGUCUGCCCGGCGGCACAUCGCUGGGACUGGGAAUGGGCCUGAGCUUGGCCCAGGAGCAGACCGAGUUCCUGCUGGCGCCGAUGAGCGCAGCGCAGAGUCCGCUGAUGGUGGCCCUGGGCCAACUCCUGCAGCCAUCCUGCUGCUGUGCCCUCUGUCUGGUCAAUCUGAGUGGCCAGUCGGCGGCGCAUCUGGGCUAAUGCUACUACUACAACUACAACAAUGCCCUCUAAAUGUAUACAUAAUGUAGAUUAAAUGUAGAAUUUCAUAUGCAUAAAACCCGCGCGCACACCCGCACACCUACACACACACACACACACACACACAAGGGAAAGAACAGGCGGCAGGAGGAGGAUCCACUCCAGAGCCAAAAAGGGAAAGAGCCAAGCAGAAAGGGACGAUGGAAGGAGCAGAGAUUGUAUAAACGAAAGCCACCAACAACAAAGUUUUUUUGCCUAAUUUGAUUAUAUAUGUAUAUGUAUAUAUAUAUGUAUAUGUAUAUAGAGGUAUAUAUAUAUAUAUAUGUGUGUGUGUAUAUGUAGAGAGAGAGACAUGUGUGUGUAUAACGACGAUUUAGGUCUUAUUUUUCAAGAUCGCCUAACCCUAAAACAUAUUUAGAAUUACACAAAUAAAAGAAAACAAGAGAAUAUACUUACUAAAUAUGUAUGUACGAUGUAUGUACAAUGUAUGUAUGAAUGAUGUAUAUGCUUAUGUAAAGCAUAACUCGAGAACUUGGCUCUUUCUGCUGGGCUGGAGAUGAUGUCGUCCCGCCUUCAUGUGUUAAUUGGCAAACUGUAAAUAUUCGAUUGUAAACACACACACACAGAAAACAAAAUGUAGCAGCAACAAGAAUUAAUAGUAAUUAUGAAACUAUAUAUUUAGUGAUACGAAUUAGUUGUAGGAACGAUGGAGAGGCCGCCAAGCCUCUCAGGCUCACGCCGUUUCAGAAUCACGCGCUUUAUCCGGGCUGCUGUUCGAUGUUGUGCGCCCCCGCCAAUCGCGGCAGCCCCCCCCCCCCCCCCCCCCCCCCCCCCCAACCGGGAGAAAACCCACAAGAUGAAAAACGAAAACACAUUUUUCAAUGUACGUAAAUUAAAUUAACUUAUCCUGUAGCCUAAAAGAUGAUAAGAACAGA